AUGCCUAAGAAAUUUAAAGGGGUAAAUACAAAAGCUGAAGAAGCUAGGUCACGUAAAGAGGCAGCAAAAGCAGCUGAAAGGGAGCGGAAGGAGAAGGAAGAAGAGGAUAAAUAUUGGGAAGAUAAAGACAAACAUGUUAUGAGAAAACAGCAAAGAAAGGUUAGUUUGUUGUCAGCUGUGUUUUUUAAAUGUUACCUGCCUGAAGAAAAUCUAGAGGACACGUCUUGCCUUGUUCUUGUUUCGGGAGACACGUAACAUUAAGACUUAAAAGAGCCUGCCGGUCAUAUAUAACAGAAGCUUAAAUUUGAGCUCAAGAUAAAUUGCUGAAGAUUAAAAAGUAAAAACGAAAAUAGGGCUUUGACAAUUCUAGUCAUUAGCAAUUACACGUAGAUUUUACCAGUGUCAAAUUCAUUUAAAUUAGAGCUGUAUCACAAAGUUAAGCUCAUGUAUACAGCUAUUUCGAGAAAGGUUGUCGGAAAAAGUGCACGCGACAAUCCCGAAAGGUAUUGUGGGUGGUUUUGAGUUCACUGUUGUUCAAAGAAAUUUGGCACGAGAGACCAUGGACGCAUGUUUACGAGUGCUAAAGGAAAGCAACAAAAGUAGGUUCGACAGCUACUGUGUCAGGAACAGUGUAUUGAUCAUAUCCCAUGUUACCUUUCGGGAUUGUCGCGUGCACACUUUUUCCAACAACCUUUCUCGAAAUAGCUGUAUGACAGUUGCCCAUUAGGUAUACUGGCUGGAAGUCAAGAACAAGAUUGAAUUUGCCUGCCAAGCAAACAAGUUACUAUGUAUCUUCAAGCCCCUCACUACUUAAGCUCCAGGCCCCAAGUGUUCAAAUGGUGAAUGACACUAUCCAACGGAUAGCACAAUGUCCCAUAAUACUUUUCCACUGGAUAGUGAUUUAUCCAAAGGAUGGCGCUAUCCAGCUGGGCCUUGGCAAGCAGUUCUGUUGACGUUCUCCUUCCACCCUCCCCUCCCACCCAAUUUAAUUACAUCCAUUUUGAAUUCACCCAAUUUAAUCAUCCGACAACAGGAUUUUAGACAGUAUUGACGUCAUUGAUCCAGAAGUCAAUUUUUUAAAAAAUACUGUUAAACAGAAAAGAUGAUAUUUAGGGCAACAUGAUGCAAUUUAGAGCAAAAAGCAGUUAGAUUCCUAAAUACAUCACACCUCUGAGACUCAGCCAAUCAGAUUGCAAGGAUGACCAGUGAUUUUAAACUGGAUGUAAUAAAUUUAAGUAUGUUUUUUCUUUUUUCUCACUAGGAGGAUAAAGAGCGUAAACGUCUUGAUGCAACACAACGCAAAGCAGCCAAUCAGGAAGCUCUCAAGGCAGAGGAGAGUGACUUAAAGUCAAAAGCUAGCAGUAUUCCUACAAAGGUGACAGUGGCUUCUAUACAAGCUGAACGUGAAAGGAAGGCAGCACAAGCUGCUGCAGCUGCUGCUAAAAGCAAAAAAGAAGAGGAAGAGAAAGAAGACCUAUUGGAUGAAAAUCCUAACCAGAUGGUAGCUGCAUUGAUGGCAGCGGAAGGUGCUGUAGAAGCACGCUCUGUGGAAGAUGCUAUAGCUGUGUUAAAAGUUGCUGAAACACCUGUGGAUAAACACCCAGAAAAGAGAAUGAAAGCUGCUUAUAAUGCUUAUGAAGAGCGUGAACUUCCUCUGCUUAAAGAAGAAAAUCCUAACUUGCGGUUAUCACAACUGAAACAAUUACUCAAAAAAGAAUGGAUGAAAUCCCCAGAAAACCCCAUGAACAUGUUAUAUGCAAAAAAGAAAUAG